GUUCGCUGUCCAUCAAACCAGGAAGUCUUGAAAUGCACCAGAUGUUGAGGAAUGAGUUAGGCAUCAGUCAUGAAUAAGAGGAGGUCCUGUGUCAUUGAUGUUGAAAAACCCUCUAAAACUCCUAGGACGGAGGGAAAAACGUGUGUUCAGGAUGAGAUGGAUGUUGAUGAAGAGGAUGGAGGCCAGCAAGACCAGCCGCUCUCUGCUUCUAGUGUUGGAGAUAUAGGUGUCAUUGAAAAUAUCACUUUGAAGAACUUCAUGAAUCAUAAUUUAUUUGGACCGUUCAGCUUCGGACCAAAUGUAAACUUCAUUGUUGGUAACAAUGGAAGUGGGAAAAGUGCCAUUUUGACAGCGCUUAUAGUGGGGCUUGGUGGAAAAGCAACCACAACCAACAGAGGAGCAUCUUUGAAGGGUUUUGUAAAAUAUGGAGAGAGCGCUGCAGAUAUUAAAGUGAAAUUAAAGAACAGAGGGAAGGAGGCCUAUAAGAUCGAGACUUAUGGAGACAGUAUCUGUAUCGAGCAUCGGAUCACAAGUGAUGGCUGCAGGACUUGUAAGAUUAAGAAUAAAACAGGGCACGUUAUAUCCACAAAGAAGGAGGAGUUAACUGCUAUACUGGACCAUUUCAACAUCCAGGUUGAUAAUCCAGUGUCAAUCCUCAACCAGGAAAUGAGUAAACAAUUCCUGCAUUCAAAAAAUGAGACGGACAAAUACAAGUUUUUCAUGAAAGCAACUCUUCUGGAGCAGAUGAAGAGGGAUUACAUUCACAUCAAACAGACUAAAGCCGUUACACGUGACCAGGUGGAAAGACAAGAGGAGUGUCUAAAAGACCUCAGGCAGUUGUUCUUGCAAAAGAAAGAGAGAUAUGAAUCUUUAUCAUCCCUUGACGAUCUGAGACGAACGCUGGAGGACCUGAAACAGAAGAUGGCGUGGUGUUUGGUGCGAGAGAUGGAAUGUCAAGUUGAACAGCUCAAGGAACAAAUCGAACGAGAAGAAUCUGAAUUUAAGCUCAAAGAAAAGCUGGAGCUUUGUCAGAACAAAGUUUCUGUUUCUGAAAAGAAAUCACAAGAAAUCCAACAAAAGAUUUGGAGGUUAACCGAAGAGCAGGACAGUUUGGCAGAAGAGAGUCGAAAAUUCAAGGAAGAAAUUAAAGUUAAAUCUAAAGCGCAGAAAAACCAGGAGGUGAUUUACGUCUGUGCUGAGAAUAAAUUGAAACAGUUAGAAAAGGAGCAAUGCCUGCUUCAGGACAGAAUUCACAAAAUAAAUCACAGUCUCAGAAGAAGCCAUGAGGCAGAGCAAAUGCAGCGUUUGAAGAAAAUAUCUGCCUUCAAAAAGCAGCUGGAGAAACUUGAGGCCGAGUCCAACGUGCUAAAUCAAGAGAUUAAAGACAAACAGCAAGCUCUUCUCAAAGGGAGAGAGGAGUAUGAUAAACUCAGCAUGGAGGAAAAAGAAAUCCAGGUAUGUCUGGAGUCCAAACUAAAGAGAAAAAAACAGCUCAUGGCCAGCAGGUCAAACAGAUUGAGACGGUUUGGUGACAGCAUGCCGGAGUUGUUGCAAUCCAUCGACAGAGCUUUUGCCCAGGGCCGAUUCAUCAAGAAACCAGUGGGACCACUAGGUGCGUGCAUCAGUCUGAAAGAUCCCAGUUUAGUUGUGGCUGUUGAGAGCUGCCUACGCAGUUUCAUGAAGACCUUCUGCUGCGACAAUUACAAGGAUGAGAAAGUUUUGCAGGAACUGAUGUCGCCGUAUUUUCCCAGAGGCAGUAGGCCUCAAAUAAUAGUGUGCCGUUUCACAGACCGCGCUUAUAAACUUCAAGGCCGUGGGGUCUGCCAUCCUGAGUUUCCAUCCGUGCUGGACGCCCUCAAUAUUGAGAACCCGGUGAUAACAAACUGUCUCAUUGACAUGAGGAGCAUCGAGAGUAUUCUGAUUAUCAAGGAAAAAGCUCGUGCAAGGAAAGUCAUGCAGGGGUCGAGACCUCCAAAAAACUGUCGCGAGGCCUUCACUGCCGAGGGCGAUCAAGUGUUCAGCAAUCGCUAUUACACUCCUGAAAAUGAAGUUCUGGUCAAGUAUCUUGGUGGCGAUCCAGAGGCAGAAAUCCGUUUGGUGGAGUCUGAGGUGGAGAAUAAUCAGGCUCAGCUCUCCAGAUUCCAGCUUCACUUGAGGUCAGUAAAGGAAGACAUUCAGUCCAUGGAGGAGAAACUGCGCAGUGUCAUCGUGACCUGCAAACAUAAUCAGGAAAAUAUCAAUAAGGUUAAAGCUUCUAUAACAGAGCUGGAGAACGUUGAAGAACCUCAAACUGAGGACAUCAGCUCGCUGGAAGAAGAUGCACGAGAGAACCAGCAGAAGAUUGAAUCGCAGAGGAGAACUGUGACGGACGCACAGAAAGAUUUGAAGAAACAUGAGAGAUCGCUCAUGAAUAUUAAUCAGCAAUAUAAAGAUGUGAAAAAUAAAAUGGAACGUCUAUCAGAUGAGGUGGAGCAGAUAAAGGAGGAGCAGGUGAAAGCCGAGUCUGAGUACAGUAAACUGGAUCAAACCAUGCAGAUCUUGACGAAGAAACUAAAGAGCCAUCAGGACAAUAUUCAAACCAUGAGAGCAGAAUUGUCUCUUAAAGAAGAGGAAACUCGGGCAUUUGAAGCCAAAGCCAAAGAAAUCUGUCCUGAGCGACCGCACGUGAAUCUGAGUACGAAAAGUAUUGACGUUGAGAUUACACGCCUGCGACAGAAGAUCAACUCGCACGAGAGAAACCACGGGGACAAGGAACAAGUCAUCCGAGAGUAUGCAGAGGCUCAUGUUAAUUACAAAAGCAAAUCCAACCAGCUGAGGGAUCUGAAGAAGUUUAUUGAUCGCCUGGACAACAUCAUGACAGAUCGACAGGCUCGAUACAAGAUAUUGAGACGAUCGCUUUCUGUAAGGUGUAAGUUGUAUUUCAACAACUUCAUGAUAAAGUUGCAGUGUUGUGGCUCCAUGAUGUUUGACCACAACAACGAAACGCUGUCCAUUUCGGUGAAGCCUCCCGGACGAGAGAACGACAGCGUGAGUGACAUGCGAUCUCUGUCAGGUGGGGAGCGUUCCUUCUCCACCGUCUGCUUCCUUCUGUCUCUCUGGGAAAUCACGGAGUCGCCCUUCAGAUGCCUGGAUGAGUUUGAUGUCUACAUGGAUAUGCACAAUCGCCAGAUUUCAUUGGAUCUGCUUCUGGAGCUGUCCGAACGUCAGCAGCUCAGACAGUUCAUCUUCAUCACACCUCAGAGCACCAGCAAUCUGCCUAAAAGUGCUCAUAUUAAAAUCCACCAACUUCAAGAUCCAGAACGAGACACAGAGGAGAAUGGACAUUAGGUACAGAAAUACUGUAGUGAUCGAUGUGUUGCUUUUAGAUUUGUUUUAUUUAUGUUCUUUGUUUAUUUAUUCAUAUGGAAGUUUUAUGUAAUUUUAUAGCGUUCAUGUGCCAUCAUUUGCUUGUUUUUAUCGGUCUGUGUGAAUGAAAUGAAGCGUGUUUUACCUCACAAUAUUAUUUCUGCUUCUCGCAAAAAACAAUUCAUGUCGAUCUCAUCUCUUGGCUGUUGAGUUUAUAUCCGUUAACACCUGUUCUUCAUCAUUCCUGUUUCUACAGAGUAAAUACA